AAAUUGAAGGCAAAAAAGCAGUUCUGGGCUGGUCCAAUUUUCAGUUUAAUUUUCUAGUUGUUGUCAGUACUUCACAAGCGAAUCUCAUCUUUUAUUUUGAUCAACUGAAUACUUCAUUUAAAUCACUAAAUUGUUUUUUUACUGUCAUUCUUUUAUCAUACUGUGUUAGAGCAGAGCAAUUAAAUUUUAUCCAGUUUCUGUCUUAUCUUACGUCUUCUAUCCAUUUAACUUGUUCAUUCUCUUCCAUCUUUAUUUUCUAAUUUUCCUUAUUCCAUUCCUAUUUCUGUUUUUCUACCUUCCUUAUAUCAAUUUUCUUCUCCCCUGUUCCAUCAUGUCUAACCUAAUUGACUCUAGUUUACCUGAGGAAGAUAGUAACUGGCCUGAACAACAGCCUGGAUCAAAUCCUACAAAUAUUUCAACUGGAUUUGGUUCUUCUCCAUUUGAUGAUUAUGCUGUUAAAGAUAUGGACCUCACCAAUGAACCUUUUGGAUCAUCAAAUGUUCCAUCAUCAGGACCAACACCAUUUGUACCUACAGUUGAAGGAGAUCUAUUGAACAUGAGUUCCGAGGAAAUUAAAUCAACUCCACAAAGCGUUCCACACAGCGCUCCACAAAGCGCUCCACGAUCACCACCACCACCACCACCAGUAUUUUCACAACCUGAACCAACAAUUAAAACUGAGCCAACUUCAACUAUCCAGCCUGAAGUGAAACCAGUCGUCGACAUUAAACCCGAGGAACCUAAACAGCCUAAAUCUGAAGCCAAAGAAAUUAAAAAACAAGAUGACAAGAAAGAUUCAAAAUCAAAGAGUGACGAAGCACCAUCAUCAAGCUCUCAUUACUGCUCUUUUUUGACAAGAAAUCCUCAUAUCGCCGAUCUGGUCUACUGGCGUGAUCUGAAAAAAAGUGGAAUCGUUUUCGUUGCUGGCCUGUUAUUACUUCUCUCAUUGGCAUGUUGUUCAAUCAUUUCUGUCAUCUCGCAUGGCUCUCUGUUGCUCGUUGGAUGUACCCUUGCCUAUCGAAUCUACACCAACGUAAUGCAGGCAGUUCAAAAGACUGAUGAAGGGCAUCCUUUCAAAGAAUAUAUGGAAAUGGAUAUCAUUCCGUCUGAGGAGAAGUUUAUCGAGCUGGUUGGCAAGGCUUACAACCCUCUCAAAGUCACCUUAAUCAAGCUUAAAAGUAUCUUCCUCAUUGAAGAUUAUGUCGAUUCCAUCAAGUACUCCGUCUUCUUCUGGUGUUUAACAUAUGUCGGAGCUUGGUUCAAUGGAAUCACCCUGGUCACCUUAUUUUAUCUUGGUCUCUUCUCAGUCCCCAAGCUUUACGAGAUGAACAAGUCCCAAAUUGAUGUUCAUCUUGCUUCUGUUUGCACUCAAUUGGAAGGUCUUUGCUCACAAGUAAAAACAAAAUUACCAUUCCUUGCAUCCAAAAAGGAGAAGAGCCAGUGAAAUUGAAAUUCACAUGCAAAAAAUAUUGUAUGGAAACGUUUAUAUAAAAAAUACGCUUACCUAACUUAAAAACAGUCAUACAUACAUAUAUACACUUACAUAUACUUGCAUACUUGAAUACAAUUCCACUUUAAACGCGUUAUAAUCGAUUAAGAGUUCAUUAAGAAUAAAAUUAACAAAAAAUUUUGAUAAAUUUUAAA